ACGAGAGGUACCUGGAGCAGCAUAUGCUCGAAACCCACAAGUAUGGCAAAGGCUCCAUCAUGGUUUGGGAAUGCUUUUGGGAAGGCGGACUUGGUUCCUUUGGUGACUCUCACUGGCAAUGUCGAUCAAGACAAGUAGGUGGACUGCCUAGCCAACAGGUUUCUUCCCUGGUACCAGGAUCUCAUCGAAAGGACUGGGAAGGAAUUUUAUGCCACCUGGUAUAAGAAAAAGAGAUGCGAUGUCAAGAGCUUUCGAUUUUUGGCCAGCGCAGAGCCCAGAUUUCAAUCCACCUUUUAUGAGAUGUCGCAGAUCUACAUUACUAAUAAAUGUCCCUUCUGCGCCAUCUCGAACAUGCUUGGGCUUAUAUUGCGUAUAAGCUUCGUAGCAAACGUGGCAAACUGGCAAACGUGGCCCAAAUCGAAGCGUUCGUCUACAAAACCUGGUUGGAGAUCUCACCUCUUCUUCUGGAAAAUUUAGUUUCCAGUAUGCCCGACAGGUGCCGCGCUGUCAUAGAGAAAGAAGGCGGCCGAAUACAUUCUUAAAUAAUGUUCUUUAUUUUUACCUUUAUGAAGUUGUCGAAAUAUCUUAUUGAUGGAUUUGUUGAUGUUCUGAAGACUUUUAUUAUGGACACUGUCCCUCGAACAAGCCUUUCUCUUUUUUUUUUUUUGAAAAUUAAA